AUGUCAAUUCCCGGUCUUGGCCAGGCUUCUCCAGCCACAGCAACGACAGCGCCGACACUUGAAUCUACAGUGGCUAUCCACGAGCUACAACCUAACACAGAAUGGCGCUUUGAGGUCGCCCUCACCGAUAGGAUCCAACUCAAGGUAUUAACCGGCACCGCUGAAAUCUUUGGUACUGAGCUCGCUCUCAAUCACAACUAUCAGUUCCAAGGUACUAAGUCUUCUCUAUUCACAUGGCACGGCUGUCGAAUAGAAGUGCGAGGCCCCUGUGAAGAAUACAUGGCGGAAGAGACGCCCAUGAUACAAUAUGCAAACACUCAUUUUGCUCUGGAAAAACUUCGCGAUCUGGCGCACCAAGAUGGUACAGAUGGGCCUCGAGUCUUAGUCGUGGGCCCUAUAAAUGCAGGCAAAACUAGCCUAAUAAAAAUACUUACAGCUUACGCCUUGAGGAUGGAUAGACAAAUAAUGGUGAUUAAUACUGAUCCAAGAGAGGGCAUACUAUCAAUCCCGGGGACCAUGACGGCUACACCUUUUGCAUCAAUAAUUGACGUAGAACAAGGCUGGGGUAGUAGUUCUACCAGCACUUCAAGUUCAGUACCAGCAAAGCUUCCAUUAUGUUACUUUUACGGAUUCGGCAAUCCUGAAGAAAAUUCAAAGUUGUACAAGCCAAUCUUAACGAGACUUGCACUUGCGGCAACGAGUAGAGUCGCUGACGAGAAAACUAUUAAAGAGUCGGGAAUGAUCAUUGAUACAUCUGGGGUCAUCAGUCAGGGGAAAGGUGGAUACGAUUUAAUAUCACAUAUUGUCUCGGAGUUUUCGGUAAAUGUCAUUCUCGUCCUAGGUUCUGAGAGAUUACACAGUGAAAUGCUCCGUCGUUUCUCAUCUUACAAGACAAGGACAGGAGAGUCAAUUACCUUAGUGAAACUAGAUAAAUCGGGCGGAUGUGUAGAUCGAGAUGAAGAAUACCUACAACAAAUCAGAGAUGCAUCUAUCAAAGAGUAUUUUUUCGGGGGACCGAUCACGACCUUGAGUCCUCACACUCAGUUAAUCAACUUCGAGGAAGCUUUAGUCUACAAAAUAAAAGAUGGUACUAAUUCUCAAUGUUUUGCACCUGGCGGGGAGGAGUCACUAGAUCAAGAAAUUUUCGAGAAGAUUGAACCUGGUCCAAGGAUGCUGCACUGCAUCUUAGCUGUAAUGUAUGCAUCUAUAGCGGAUCCUCAGGAAACUGUGCGAGACGCAAGUGUAAUGGGUUUUGUGUACGUAUCAGAAGUUGACGAAAAGAAGAGAAAGCUCAAGUUACUUGCCCCGAUGAAUUCUAGAAUGUCAGAUAGACCAUUAGUAUGGGGAAACUGGCCAGAGCCAUCAAUCAGUAUUAUAUAA